AUGCCCGACACCCCGUACCCUCCCAAGCUCACAAUCACCUCGCGUGUGUCCGUACGCCCCCCGCCUGGCGCUGCCGAGCCUCUCAGCCUCGCCGGCUCAGCCGCCACAAUGUGGCCCGUUGUGCCCGUCACCCUCCUUUUCCCGCCUACGACCGUCGACGAGCGCGCCCUCACGCAGGCGCUUCAGCACGUUGUAUCGACCUACCCGCUCCUCGGCGCACGCCUCGACACCACUCCGCCGGCAGGCGACUGGCCGGCGCACACGACGCGCUACCGCCGCGCGUGGGCUUACUACGACGGUCCUGGCGCCGCCCUCGCCUUCGCGACACACGCCGGCUCGAUCAAUGACGUACUCCCGAAGGCCAACGGGCGCGUGCUCGACGCCGACGCCGCGAGCGCCAACGACCUCUGCGAUUCUCCCAUCGUCGUCCUCCGCCCCGAGGCGAUGGCGCAGACGGGACCCGCCCUCGCGCUGCAAAUCACGCGCUUCUCUGACGGCAUCGCGCUCGGCCUCCGCGCCCACCACGCCAUCCUCGACGCGCAUUCCGCAGCGAACGUCAUCGGCGCCUGGUUCAAGAGUUACAACGCACUUCUGAAGGGCGCGCCGCUGCCGACCCUGAACCUCUCGUUCGACCGCACGCCGAUCGACGCCGCAGCGGGCGCGAUCGACGCGCCCGGCCCCGACCCCGCCCUCCUCGCGCUCGCGGACACGCUCCCCGGCCUGCGGCUGGACAUGACCCAGAACACCGACACGGCCUUCCCUAUUGCAGCGCUCACGCGCGCCCCCGGCGCGCCGGAAACUGAGGGCGCCGCGCCUCCCUGGUCGACCUGGGACUGGGCGUCGUACAUGCACGUGCAGCAGCGCGUGCUGUCCUUCACCACCGACGAAGUCGCGCGCCUCAAGGCGCGCGCGGGCAGCAAGAGCUCGCUCGACGCGCUCUACGCGCUGGUCUGGGGCGCCAUCGUGCGCGCCCGCGGCCUGCCGGAGAACACGAAUGUCUCGUUCGGCGAGUGCAUCGGCCUGCGCGGCCGCGUCCCCGGCGUCGGGCCCGAGCACUGUGGCGCCGAUCUGAUCAUCACGGCCGCGCAGAUGAACGCCGCCGAGACCGCGGACCUGCGCGACACCGCCCGCGCGAUCCGCAGCGCGAUCGACGCGUAUACCCCCACGACCAUUGGCGCCGAGCUGCACCGCAUGGCGUAUGCGAGCGAUCCAGCGCGCCGCUGGAACAUGUUCUUCGGGCGCGAGCACAUCCACACCACGUCGUGGCUCCACAUCGGGAUGUACGACCUCCAGAUCGCCGACGUCAAACCCACCUGGGUCCAGGCCGCGUUCCCGGGCCUCGAUGGUCUUGUGUGUGCCCUCGAGGCGCCCGGCGGCGUCAAUGUCCAGCUUUGGCUCGAGCCGGAGACCAUGGCGCGCGUCGUACGCGACCCCGUUUUCGCCGAUAUUUAG